AUGGAAGCAGCUACUGACAACCUCAAAGACAAAUUGAAGUGUGGGAAAUGUGGAAUUUCCUACGGGUCAAAUCGAGCAAUGUGGUUUAUGGUUGCUUGUAAUCAUCACACUUGUCAUGCUUGUUAUUUGAAAGGGUAAGAAUUUUCGAUGAUUUCAGAUCAGUUUUUACUCAUUUUGUAAUCUUUCAGUGAUCGUGGAAUUCGAGAUUUUUGUAUGAUUUGCCGCAAACCAUCAAAUUAUGUGGAAAUUCCAUUGGUUAAAGGUGAAUAUUUUUACCGUUUUGCAAAAGAAAUCUUGAAAUUUCACGUAUUUUGUUGCUGAACAAAAAAUCUCGGUUCGCUGUUUAAAGGGUCAUGCUUUAAUUUUCCACCAAAAUCUCAAGAACGGCUGCACCAAAUGAAAAUCUGAGUACACCAUCUUUAUCGCCGUGAAAAACUGCAUGGAAAUAAGCUUUGGUGGAGCGAACGGGUGCCGUUUUAGCUUUUCGGGGUUCGUGGCGAGACCAAUUUCGAAAAAUAGCGCGCAAAAUGGAGAGACGCGAGAGAUUUUUGUGCAUUUGUGCGUCACCGUGUUUGCACAAGUCAAUACAGUAUACCAACCGCGAACCGAGGGCCAAAAAAUACGUGAUUUUUGCAGAAAUAAUUGAUACUCUUGACAAACAACGUCUCAAAAUCACACAACUUCAAAAAAAUGAGCGAAAAACGAGAGAUGAAGCUGAUGGUAUUGGAUUUCGCGCCAAAAGAUCAAGGCUUGCAGAGCAAUUCAAAUGUCGAAGUUGUUUGAAUCCGGAUUUUGAGCAAAAGUUUGUGAAUUUCCACAAAGUUUCCCAAUAAAUCUCGAAAAUUGCAGCUUGAAUAUUUGCCAAACUUGUCACGGUUUGAAAUUUGAGAAUAAAACCGAUGUGGAAAAAUCGGCGCUUUGCUCGAAUUGCGCAAUUCGAAAUCAUAUGAGAAAAGGACAUCAAACUGUCGAUUUUCUGCCGUUUUUGGUGAGUUUUUUUGAAGAAACGAUUUUAAAAUGAGCAAAUGUAUUUUUUAGCGAGCUUAUAAAUUCGAAGAGCAUUCGUUGGCUGUGAAAAAAUCGUUUGAAGAAUUCACCAAAGUUUGCGAAGAACGAAAAUUGGAAGAGCAAAAAUUCAGAGAGGAAAAUGGAAGAUUGAAAGAGGUUUGUUUGAGAUUCCUCUAUUUCCCAAAUUUUAUGAUUUUUCAGCAAUAUGAUCAACUCACAGAAAUGGCUCGAAAAAGUCGCUCGACAUCUCAUCUCAUUUCGAAUUUGGAAAAAUUGAAAAAUUUUAUCGAUGAGGCAAAAAUCAUCAAUACUUCUGCCACCAACGAAUUGAAAGCUCGAACUUUGAUGCUUCAAAACAAUUUUGCUGAAAUCAAGAAGUUCUCCGAAACCAUGACUGGAAAUUGUGUGAAAGAUGAAGAAAUUGUCAAAUUGGAAGAGUAA